GGAAGCGUGUCAAGAAUAAUUGUAGAAGUGUGAGUCAUUUCCUCUCAUUGUGCCUAAGUGCCGUGUUGCAUCCGCCUUGAACACUUUACAGGGCUUAAGGGGCACGGCAGCAGGGCGUUGGCAGGGGCAGGUGGUACAGGAACGACACACACAAGGCCAUGUCGCAGCAAGGGAGGUCCAGCAACAAGUACGAGCCGAUAAACUGGCACGAAAUAUUCCAGAGGAUCGACCAAGAUGGGGACGGGUUCAUCCUCCGGUCCGAGCUGCGGCGUUACCUCCUGGCCACGCCCGUCAGCGAGGUGCCGCUCUCCGACGACAUGGUGGACGCGAUGCUCUACCAUGUCGACUACAACAACGACGGCUUCAUCAACCUCCAGGAGUUCUAUGGGCUGGUCAAUGUACCAGUGGACAAAGGUACCAGGUCGGUGCUACAGCGAACCCUGGUGGCCACGGCCUUCUCUAUGGCCCCGCGCUCCCAGGUGUCCCACGGUGACCGCCACUACAUAGCUGAGUACUCCUGCUGCCCGCCGCCCCUCCUCAUCCCUCUGCUCUGUACUGCUGAGGUCGGUGUGUUUAUCUACUAUGCGGUGACCAUGGGGGAUUUGGGUCCAUACUCCCCUGUGCCAUGGUCCUCCCCACUUAUCUAUGACCCCAGGAGGCGCAUGGAGGCCUGGCGCUUCAUCUCCUACAUGUUCCUCCACGCUGGAUACGUGCACCUGCUGUCUAAUGUGAUGGUGGCUCUGUUUGUGGGUGUGCCGCUGGAGAUGGUGCACAGGUGGUGGCGUCUGCUGCUCCUCUACGUGGCUGGUGUGUUGGCCGGCUCCCUCGCUGCCUCCAUGUUUGACCCCAAGUCCUUCUUGGUGGGGGCCUCAGGUGGCUGCUAUGCCCUCAUCGCUGCCCACUUUGCCAACAUCAUCAUCAACUGGGGAGAGAUGCCGUUCAACUGGGUGCGUCUCCUGGUCCUCCUCACACUCAUGGCCACAGAUAUUGGAGUUUUCGCCUACAUGACUCUCACCAACUCGGCCACCAGGGUGAGCUAUGUCGCACACUUGGCUGGGUUUGGUGCCGGGCUCCUGCUGGGGAUGGUGACACUGAGGAACCUAAAGGAGCAUCGCUGGGAGAUUGCACUCAAAUGGACAGGACUGGCAGUCUUCCUGGCCCUCAUCGCUGCUGCAGUGGUCAUCCAAGUGGCUUACCCCGACCUGGUGGGCCUCUACCCCCCUAUGCCUGAGCGGGCUGCAUCUGGCAGGCUGUUGGCCACCGAGGUGAAUGUGUAGGUUGGGACUGGCUGUCUUGUGGCUGCUAGUAGAAAGUAGUGCCUCUGGGUGUGUUUAUAGAUGGUGUCUCUAGCUGGGUGGUUGGGACUUAGGUCUAGAAAAGGGAUGUAGAGAGGAGAGCUGGAUGUGUGUCACUGGCUAUGGGACCAAUUUGCCAGAGUUUUUUGCUGUCUCUAGUUUCUGAAAACCUUUCAGAUAUGAAGUGACGAGGUAAAAUAGUUUGAAAUCAGAUGUUAAUUUAAUAAUAUUUAGGGCUGUCAGAAAUCUGGUCCAGUUUUGAGCCCAUUCUGAAUUGUUCUUAAGAUUUCUGGUUUGCCCAGUAGACGGUUUACUUGAAAGAUUUGUGUUCACCAAGUGCCUUAAAAGUAUUUUUCAUGAAGGCUGUGCUAAAGCAGUUGCUUUUUUAACAUCUUUUUAACAUACAUUUUUUUUAAUCUUUUUAACAUACCAGCAGUGAGUGUAACUUUGCUCUGGACUUUGUAUUUAUACUCUUCUGGAGGGCAUUUUUUAUAACACGCUUUAAAUAGCAACUGAAGAAUCUCGUGAGUCUUGUGUGAUCAGUGGAUCUGUUUUAGUCUCACCUUCUUGGUAUUAAGCAAAUUUAACUUGGAAUCUCGUAUGAAUCUCAGUACAUCUUUUAUAAACAUCUGAUCAAGGUUCUUUGAGUGGCAUAUUUUAAGAUCCUACUCUCAGGUGGGAACCAUGAGUGUUAUGGAGUAGUGUUAGUAGUGAGAAGAGCAACUAACAUAGUUAUUAGGUGAUAAACAUAAAGGAAUUUUAGCUUAACAUCCGGUCCCUGCAUUCCUGAGGCAGGUCAGUAGUUUAGUACAAGGUUUUGUUACAUGAUGGGAAGCAAGAUUUUCUUGUUGCAUUAAGGUGAAGGGUUGGGCAUCUGUUCCAACACCUUAUUCUCAUCUUAGGUAUUUUAUUUGUAGUUUUAUUUAUGCCAAACUUGUCAAAUUACUUGCAUUUUUUAUUUGAACAGUAUUUUAUUUUUAUUUGAACAAAGGGAGUGAAAUAGGUAAUAAGUGAGAUGGUUUUAAAACUCGUGUUCCAAAGUUGCCAAAUAGGAAUCAGUGUUGGUGAUGCAUUCAGUAGUUCUUCUUUCAUAAUUCUUGAAAAGGAAAGGAAGACUACUUAGUUAUGAUUGUUAAAUUUCAAAUAACAUUUUUCACUUUAUAAGUUUAGAGAGGUGUUUGGCGUUAUUUCAUCAGUAAUUUAUUCAUCCUUGCGUUUUUAAUUUACCAUCAUCAGUAUUCUUUUUCAUGUACAAACAGAAGAGCACAAAACUUACGUCCUCUUAUUUGGUGGUCAAGCCAAGAGAACAUGCUGAGAACUGACCACUAGCCACAGUGGCAUUUAGGUCUACAGCGCAGCUUGCUUCCCAUGCACAAAAAUCUUGCAGUAUACAUGCACAUUUUUCUUCAAGGCCCCAAUACGUACCAAUAAAUGUCUUUCAUAGAUGCCUAAAAUACCUGUUCUCUGCGCAGCAUAAGUAUUGUAUAAACUAAAACAAAUAAUGUAUGUAUGCUUGUAUAUAUUUUUGAUGCCAUGGUAGACAAACAUUUGAGAUUACCAGUGUGUAGGAUAAGCAGUGUGAGGCUAAAAUAAUGUGCAGGGUAAUGGACUUCCAUGUUAAAGAGUGGCCUAGAUGUGAGUGCCUUGCCAAUCAUGAGGGUCUUCCAAGGUGUGGGGAGUGGCAGCACAACCAACCUCUUGCAAAGGGUGUAUUGGGAACAAGUUAGUGUAUAGGAGAUGAGAAAAGAAAGGCAGGAGGUUGGGUGAAACGCGCAGUUAUUUUUGCUGUUCAUCCAGAUACAUUAUAACCAUUAUUUAACAUGUUUAAGAAGCUUUAUUUUAUCAGGGUUUCAGAUAUACUCAUAGAUAUUUUAAAUGUUGUAGCUGUCUAUACUAUGUCUGUUAGUUCAACUUCCACAUCUUGAGUACCUGCUUGUAUGGUUCUGUCUGUCUGUCCAUCUGUCUCUCUCUUCUCACCCUUCUCUACUCUCUUCUCUCCCUUCUUCUCUUCUCUUCUCUUCUCUUCUCUCCUCUCCCUUCUGCUUUCCUCUCCCUUCUGCUCUCCUCUCCCUUCUCUCAGCUUCCACAUCUUGAGUACCUGCUUGUAUGGUUCUGUCUGUCUGUCCAUCUGUCUCUCACUUCUCACCCUUCUCUCUUCUCUUCUCUUCUCUCCUCUCCCUUCUGCUUUCCUCUCCCUUCUCUUCUUCUCUCCUCUCUCCUCUCUCUUCUUCUCUCCCUUCUGCUCUCCUCUCCCCCUUCUCUUUUCUUUUCUUUUCUAUUCUUCUCUUCUCUCUCUCUCUCUCUCUCUCUCUCUCUCUCUCUCUCUCUCUCUCUCUCUCUCUCUCUCUCUCUCUCUCUCUCUGUAACAGACACUGUGACAUCUACCGUUCAAUAACUAUAUUUUUAUUUGAGUUUAUAUAUCAAAACUUAUAUCUAUACUCAGCCAUACCUUAAUAUAUAUAUGUACGCGCACACGUAGAUGUUUCACUAACGUAGAUUCUUAUUAAUUUUUAUACUGGAUUUAUACUUCGUUUUAUUUUACAUAAAAAUACUGUAAAAUCCUCCAUGUGGUCUUACAAGGGAGAAGAGGAGGAGGAGGAGGAGGAGGAAAAUAAAGACCUCUGGAAAA